AUGAAAUCGUACCUCCUUACUUUAAACGUACUAGUAUGCUUAAUUUCAUUAGAAAAUGUAGCGACCUCGGUUACAAAACAAGAUUUCGUGGCUAGUGGUAAGCGAUUUGAUCCAAUGGAUUAUCCUUACGUCGUUGGCUUGAGGAUACGUUCGAAUUUUAGGAAAUUUUCCAUUUGCACCGGUACACUGGUAGCUCCCGUUUUUGUGUUAACAGCCGGCCAUUGCACUCAUGAAAAAUUGCCGUCUAGUAUUAAAGUAUACCAUGGAAGUCCAGUGGACGAAUUCGUCCCUCAACGAUCAGUUCGUCGAAUUUACAGUCAUGUCGAUUACAAUCAUAUUACGAUGAAAGCCGAUAUUAGUAUUAUACAGAUCUACAGUCCGUUUAACGUGCAUAGGUAUGUAAAACUUUCAGGACAUCCGGGAAAUUUCGAAAACUACACUGAAUUAAAGUGUAAUGUUCUUGGUUUUGGGCAGACACAAUAUGGCGAGGCCGGUAAUAUGGGAUACAUUACUAGAGCUCUAGUUCGAUACGGCCCGAAAGCAUGCAAGGAUUACAAUAAGCACAAUAUACCUUUGACGUGGCCAGAGUAUUUGUGUUCAAAACCUGAUGUUCACAUGAUUUGUCCUGGAGACAGUGGAGGCCCAAUGAUUUGUCGAGGCUUCCAGUACGGCAUAGCGAGUCAUGGAUACGAUUUUCACGACCCAGAAAGAGAAGUAAAAUGCGGAAGUGCUACUGUUCAAACCAGACAUUUAUUUGUUUAUCCGUAUAAAGAGUGGAUAAAUGAAAUAUUGUCGAAUGAAUCAAAUAAUUUCCUAGGAAGUUUAGUAACCGUACUGAUUUCACAGUUAACAAUAGGUUUAUUUACGUCAAUUCAUGUGUAA